CAAGCUCGGAGUCCGGCGAUUCAUACAACUUGUCAUUCACUAAAAUUGUCAAACAAAGUUGUCAUAUGCGUUAGAGAUGUGUCAGUGAGCGAUCGUUUGCCGCUUGGUGUAUAAUAUUUGUAUCGUAAAUGUGGUGCGUUUGUGCAAUAAUGAAAAAACACGUUGUAGAUUACUUAAUUGUAAAGUGAUGAGAGUGUUUUAAUUUUAGUGUCUUGUUAAAAGAGUUAUUUUCUUUUGUAUGUCAUCAGACUCUUCAAUAUGGCGGCUCCCCGUCACAAAUCACAACAGAAAAAUAUUUCUUCGAUAUUUUCGAAGUUACAUGGUGCUUUCUCGGAUGCCGUAUGUCCCACUAAACUGGCGACUGACAAACGGACUCUAGAUAAGACUUGGAAAUUAAUGGACAAAGUUGUAAAAUUGUGUCAGCACCAUAAAAUGAACUUGAAAAAUAGUCCGCCGUUUAUUCUCGAUAUUCUGCCCGAUACAUAUCAGAGAUUGCGUAUUAUUUACUCGAAAUACGAGGAUAAUAUGCAAGAGUUGAAUAGUAACGAACAUUUUAAUAUAUUUAUUAUAAAUCUAAUUAGAAAGUGUAAGCAGGCCAUAAAACUGUUUAAGGAUGGAAAGGAAAAGAUGUUUGAUGAGAAUUCGCAUUAUAGACGUAAUUUGACGAAGCUCAGCUUAGUGUUCAGUCAUAUGUUGAGCGAAUUAAAAGCGAUGUUUCCGAAUGGAACUUUCGCGGGUGACCAGUUUCGCAUCACGAAGAGUGACGCCGCUGAGUUCUGGAGAACUAACUUCGGAAACAGUACUCUGGUUUCGUGGAAGCACUUCCGGGAAGAAUUGAACAACGUGCAUCCGAUUUCAUCUGGUUUGGAAACGAUGGCGCUUAAAACUACAAUUGAUCUCACAUGCAACGAUUUCAUAUCGAACUUCGAGUUUGACGUCUUUACGAGAUUGUUUCAGCCGUGGAGCACGUUACUACGCAACUGGCAACUUUUGGCCGUCACUCAUCCCGGCUACGUAGCUUUUCUCACGUAUGACGAAGUUAAGGCGAGGCUUCAGAAAUAUAUACAUAAGGCUGGAAGUUAUGUGUUUAGGUUAUCAUGUACGAGACUCGGUCAGUGGGCAAUCGGCUACGUCACAGUGGAUGGUGAAAUACUACAAACAAUACCGCAGAAUAAGAGUCUGGUUCAGGCACUUUUGGAUGGCUACAGAGAGGGAUUUUAUUUAUAUCCAGACGGUCGGGACGUGAACCCAGAUUUAAGUAGCGCUAUAAUUUCCCCCGCUGAAGACCACAUAACUGUAACGCAGGAACAAUACGAGUUGUAUUGUGAAAUGGGAAGCACAUUCCAGUUGUGCAAGAUAUGUGCGGAAAACGACAAAGAUAUAAGAAUAGAGCCCUGCGGACAUUUACUGUGUACACCUUGCCUUACCGCCUGGCAGAUCGAUUCCGAGGGGCAGGGAUGUCCAUUCUGUCGAGCUGAGAUCAAGGGCACGGAACAAGUGGUAGUAGACGCCUUCGUACCUCCGCGCCCCCCCAACACCACUAAUGACGUCAAAAUGGUGAACACAAAGACGGCUGUUAAACCGGUUUCGUCGAAUUCAUCCGGAUCGUCCGGUUCAUCCGGAUGCAAUGGAUCAAGUUCGGAAGUGACAAUAUCAAGUAAUUCAAACAGUUGGUCCUCGAGAAAUACAACGUUCAACGGUCUGACAGACGAUAUUGAUGACUCUGAGGAUUGGGCGGAAUUCAACGCAGCCACAUCAACAAUAGACGCUCUCCGACCUGGCGUUAGAUCAGCGGGGGCCUCCCCCCGUCACUCUCCUCGCGCGACGCGGAAAGUUCCAGCGCCCGCGGAGAACGCGUACGGAGAGUUGAGAGCCCCGCCCUUACCACCUAGGAAAAGUCUCUCUCCCGCGGAGGCUAUUAUUGCGGCGUCGAGUGUUCAGGAUAUAGCCUCGGCUAGUGUUAUGGAACCCCGCCGCCGCUCAUCUCUUGAACCGGAACCAGAUUCCAGACACCGCUUAACGUCGGUAAUUACAGGCUCAACGGAAACUAUCACCGGGCUCAUCGAUACGAGAAAUCAUGAGAUACCACCAGACCCAAGAGCCUUCGAAAAACCGAGACGAGCUUGCACGCCACAGUCAAACAGUCGACCUUUACCCGCCCCACCGCCAGAACGCCAACCAUUAGACCGAACCUCAUCAGACCCGAAACCGGAAAAGUCUGAACCCAGACCAGACCGACCAGAGACCAGACCGGAAAGAGACCGAUUAACCGAUACGAGACAUCCAAACGACAGACCAGAUAAGGAAAGACACGACAGACCGGAACGGUACAUUCAAGAAAGGCAUAUAGAUUUCAGGAAUCCGCCCGAAAGGCCAGAUAAGCCAGAUAGACAGAAUGAUAGGUCUAGUUUUGAUAGAGAUACGAGACCGGAAAACAAAGCGCCGCCUAGACAAAGAUCUUUACCUUCAACUACUAGUGGGGGUUGUGAUAGUCAACCCACAAAAUCUACGACAAUGCCGAAAUUUCCUUCUGAAGAUAUCAAAGACCCGCCGUACGAGAAUGUCGCUGUCGAAAAGAAUGAGUUAGCGGUUGCACCCAAAAAAAUCAACCCACUCACACACGACAAACACGGCAGGAAGUACGGUGAUAAUGUGUCGUAUGAAAAUAUAAAUUUAGACUACAUCGCUCGUUUAGUUGGUGAAGGUUACCCUAAAGACAUUGUAGUGAGAGCGUUAGGUAUAACUAGAAACGAUCUUGAAAUGGCCUGCGAUAUAUUACACGAAUUCGGAUCUAAAAUACAGCAUAAGUGUUAAAAUUAAUUUUUUUUUUAAAUUUUGCGGCACUAAUUUUUGACAUUUAAAUUUUUAGUCUGUGCGAAUAGCUAUGCGGAUUUUUUGACGUGGUAAUCUUUUGGUGUUGCACGCUUUGAUUUUUUCUCAAUC